AGGGGGUCGACCAAUACAGCUUGAAAACCCGUCCAAAGACGCCUGAAAACCAGUCCAGACACCCUCUGAUCAGCUCAUUCAAGCCUCACACACUCACACAAUGCUUUUACAGAGGUGGUAAUGACAAGCCAGAUGCCACCUCUCUGUUUGAGUACAGUAUCCGUGCUCGCCUAGUAAUUAGGACACACAAAAUCACCAAAUUCUUUCGCCUGAGAGAGGCAGUAUCUUGUCACGACCCUCAUUUUUCUGAAUCUUGCAGAGACAGAACUGGAGAAGUUCUGCCCGAGCGAGUCCCGACUAAACGCUAGAGCAGCCCCUGUCUGUUUUUGACAUUUAUCAGCCUUCUUGCUGCGGAGCAGACGCACACACACUUCUAGCGUUGCUGGCAAAUCCCACAGCUUUUGGGGAAAGAGCGGAAAUAUUUGGCCUCACAAAACCGCCCGAAACCAGUGGUAACGUUUCAGCCAUGAGGCUAAAACUGAUUCUGGCACUGUCACUCUUCGUAUGUAUGACCUUCAGCCUUGCAAAAGAUCAGUCUCAUCACUUGGCACGAGGUAGAAGACGAGGCGUUGGACCAAAACGAGCAAGAAAACAGACGACUAUAACCACCUUGCAGCAGGGAAGAUUGCCAGAAAGCAAUGGACAAGAUGGAUCUAUUUUUAUUGAAUCUUACAGGAACACAAAAGAGCCAAAACCAGACUAUGAAACGACUGCAGGAAAAUCAGAGCACUGUGUAUUUCGAGGCAUCACCAUGUAUGAUAAAGCGGUGUGGUCGCCGAAGCCAUGCGUGAAUUGCCUGUGUUCCAGCGGUGAGGUGGUCUGCGACCAAAUACUGUGUCCCGCCCUACGGUGCCAACUUAAAUUUCAACGAAUCGGAGAGUGCUGCCCAAUUUGCAUUGACCCAGUCUCAGUUGUCGACGCCCCAGAGUAUUCAGGUGACUCUCCCGUUCCCAACGAUCUCGCCGAGCCCUAUACCAGAAUAUCAGAAAGCCAGAAAGACAGACAAAAAAAGGAUGAACAAGAACGAAUUCGCAAAAAAGAUGCUGAUCGCAAGCAGAGAAAGAAGCAGAAGAAAGAGGAAGCCGAGAGACAGAGAAAGUUAAAAGAAGCCAAAGAUGCCAGAGAAAAAGAGGAGGAGCAAAGGAGGCUACGAGAGGAGGAAGAGGAGAGAGCGGCGGCAGAGGAGAGGAAGAGAAGGAUGGAGGAACAGCGGAAGGCCGAGGAGGACAGGGCUCGUAGGCUAGAGAUGGAGCAAAAAGAGAUGAUGAGAGCUUUGGAGGAAGCAGCCGAACGUGCCCAGGAAGGACUCCGUGGGGACGAGGCCACUGAAGACGCGGUCUGGUUGAGGGGAGACGUUUUUCAAAUGCCACCAACGAGAGCAGCAGGUCCUCCUCUCUUAGCUCUCCAAGAGCCAACCGAACCAGGCGGGGAGGACACUGAACCAGGCGAAGAGGAACCAGAAGUCGUCGAGGAGGAGUCUGAGAUGGUAACCACAUUGCUCCCACAAGGUUGUUCGAUCUCUGAUGUCACUAUCACCUGUGAAAAUGCUAAACUGACGGGUAUUCCUCCACUGUCCAUUCCUGAGCUCAAAUCACUCAGCCUACAGGGCAAUGAAAUCACAUCCAUCCCUGCUGGAGCAUUCAAUGGCAUUCCCAAUCUAGAAUGGAUUGACCUAGGGAAAAACAAGAUCGUGUCCUCUGGCAUAGACCCACAAGCUUUUAAAGGUCUUAAAUUCCUGUCUCGCCUGUAUAUGGAUGGAAACCUUCUGGAACAAAUUCCCUCUGAGCUCCCAUCAACACUCCAAGAGCUUAAGAUAAAUGAGAACAAUCUAAAAGAAAUUGAGGAAAACAGCUUUGAAGGUCUCAGCAGUCUGGUUACUUUGGAAAUGGAAGGGAACUUGCUCAGUGAAGGUCAUGUGAAUUCACAGGCCUUUAAGCCCCUCAAAGAGCUGACUUACCUUCGGCUGAGCAGAAAUCAUUUCCGUACCAUUCCUCAGGGCCUCCCUCCAUCUCUACUGGAGUUGUACCUUGAAAACAAUCUGAUUGAAGACAUCUCUGAAACUGCAUUCAACCACACCGCAAACAUCAACGUCAUUGUGCUACGACAUAAUAAAUUAGAUGAGACGAGUAUUGCACCUUUGGCCUGGAUCAAUCACAGGAACCUGGAAUCUAUAGAUCUCUCACACAACAACUUCUACCUGGUUCCAUCCUUCCUGCCAAAGUCACUGGUUCAUCUGGUUUUGAUCGGGAAUCAGAUUGAACGCAUUCCAGGAUACGUGUUCGCACACAUGGAGCCUGGCCUUGAGUACCUCUACCUUUCUUACAACAAGCUGGAUGGUGACGCUGUGGAGCCAGAGUCAUUUCUUGGCACCUUCAACACUAUGACUGAACUCUGUCUAGACCAUAACCAGCUUACGUCUAUUCCAAUGGGAAUUAAUGAGAUGACAACGUUACAUUUCCUACGACUUAACAACAACAAAAUAAGGCAUGUUUCAGAAGACGCAAUCUGCGACCCCUUGAAUAACGAUGACUCUCAUCUAGUUGCCCUUCGCCUCGAGAACAAUUUCCUUGACCCGCGGAAAAUCCCACCGACGGCUUUCUCCUGCGUCCGCUCCUACUCAAGUGUUGUUUUAAAGCCUCAGAGGAUUAAGUAACUGUAAUCUUGCCUACUAUUAUUAUAAACCACUAAAGACCGUAAACAUAAAACUAAUUUGAUUCCUGUGAAACGUACAGUUAUCAUGAAAAUAUGACUUUCUUUUUUUUUUGUUUACCCCAAAAAUUGCUAACAGAGACAAUUCCUACACUGAAUCUCUGUUUGGCAUGUUUAUUUUCUGUCUUGUUUUAUUAGGUUUUUAUAAGCUUCCAUUUAUUAGUCAAGAUAAGAUGAGACAUGAUCACAGCCACGAGGAUCACGGCGCCUGUCUAGACGUGUCUUUGUAGGAUGCAUGGAUCAACUGUACACUACUUAGUAGCAGAAUAUUACUUUGUAUUCGAUGUUGAGAUGUAUCUUAUUCUUGUCAUAACAGUAUUAUGUUUGUCUG